GGGAUGAGCUGAUUGCGGGUAAAUACGCCGCCGCCUGGCCCCGAGAGGCCGCGAGGAGCAGCUUUUCUCCGAAUCGCCGCCCUGCCCUUGGAUUUGAGAUCAUGUCCAUUCACAUCGUGGCGCUGGGGAACGAGGGGGACGCGUUUCACCAGGACAAUCGGCCGUCGGGGCUCAUCCGCACUUACCUGGGGAGAAGCCCGCUGGUCUCGGGGGACGAAAGCAGCUUGUUGCUGAACGCGACCAGCACGGUCGCACGUCCGGUGUUCACCGAGUAUCAGGCCAGCGCUUUCGGCAAUGUCAAGCUGGUGGUCCACGACUGUCCCGUCUGGGACAUUUUUGACAGUGAUUGGUAUACCUCUAGAAACCUAAUCGGGAGUGCCGACAUCAUUGUGAUCAAAUACAACGUAAAUGACAAGUUCUCAUUCCACGAAGUAAAGGAUAAUUAUAUCCCAGUGAUAAAAAGGUCAUUAAAUUCAGUUCCAGUCAUCAUUGCCGCUGUUGGUACCAGACAAAAUGAAGAAUUACCUUGUACAUGCCCGCUAUGUACCUCAGACAGAGGGAGCUGUGUCAGUACCACUGAAGGAAUCCAACUUGCUAAAGAACUGGGAGCUACCUAUCUUGAACUACACAGCCUUGAUGACUUCUAUAUAGGAAAAUAUUUUGGAGGAGUGUUGGAGUAUUUUAUGAUUCAAGCCUUAAAUCAGAAGACAAGUGAAAAAAUGAAGAAAAGGAAAAUGAGCAACUCAUUUCAUGGAAUUAGACCACCUCAGCUUGAACAACCAGAAAAAAUGCCUGUCUUAAAGGCUGAAGCAUCACAUUAUAACUCUGAUUUAAAUAAUUUGCUGUUCUGCUGCCAGUGUGUGGAUGUAGUAUUUUACAACCCAGAUUUAAAGGAAGUUGCCGAGGCCCACAAGAUUGUUCUGUGUGCCGUAAGCCAUGUUUUCAUGCUCCUUUUCAAUGUGAAGAGUCCCGCUGACAUUCAGGAUUCCAGUAUCAUCCGAACUACCCAGGACCUCUUUGCUAUCAACAGAGACCCUGCAUUUCCAGGUGCUAGCCAGGACUCUCCAGGCAACCCGCCAUUACGUGUCGUUGUCAAAGACGCCCUCUUCUGUUCUUGUUUGUCGGACAUUCUGCGCUUCAUUUAUUCAGGUGCUUUUCAGUGGGAAGAAUUGGAAGACGACAUCAGAAAGAAAGUGAAAGAUUCUGGAGAUGUUUCAAGUGUAAUUGAGAAAGUUAAAUGCAUUUUAAAAACACCAGGAAAGAUUAAUUGUCUAAGGAAUUGCAAAACUUACCAAGCCAGAAAACCUCUGUGGUUUUAUAACACUUCCCUCAAGUUUUUCCUUAAUAAACCAAUGCUUGCUGAUGUUGUCUUCGAAAUACAAGGUACAACAGUGCCAGCCCACAGGGCUAUCCUGGUGGCCCGCUGUGAAGUGAUGGCAGCCAUGUUUAAUGGGAACUACAUGGAAGCAAAGAGUGUUCUGAUUCCAGUUUACGGUGUUUCCAAAGAAACUUUCUUGUCAUUCUUAGAAUACCUAUACACAGACUCCUGUUGCCCAGCUGGCAUUUUCCAGGCUAUGUGUCUUCUGAUCUGUGCUGAGAUGUACCAGGUGUCCAGGCUGCAGCACAUCUGUGAGCUCUUCAUCAUCACACAGCUGCAGAGCAUGCCUAGCAGGGAGCUGGCGUCUAUGAACCUGGAUAUCGUCGACCUGCUCAAAAAAGCCAAGUUUCACCACUCGGAUUGCCUUUCAACCUGGCUGCUUCAUUUCAUUGCUACUAACUACCUCAUCUUCAGCCAAAAGCCUGAAUUUCAGGAUCUUUCAGUGGAAGAACGCAGUUUUGUUGAAAAGCACAGAUGGCCUUCGAAUAUGUACUUGAAGCAGCUUGCGGAAUACAGGAAGUAUAUUCACUCCCGGAAAUGUCGUUGCUUAGUAAUGUAACCCGGAGCUUUUAUAUGCAUACGCUUUUUAUUAUUAUUAUUAUUAUUAUUAUUAUUAUUAUUAUUAUUACUAUCAUUAUGAAGCAGAAGAAUGGGAUACCUCUGUGUUCCAGUAAAAUUCUGUGACUGAAACCAAUACGGGCGUUAAAAAAAAUUACCAUACAG